AUGUCGAGCAAGCUACUGCCAGGCCAGCCCAUCCAGAUUCCGCGCGGACCAGCACCUCAGUUGGGAGCGGGACGUACUCGCGCGAUGGUGCUCUCAAUAUCGAAGACUCGGCCAAACCCGCCGGCCCCGAACACUGUCGUGCUCGGUACUAUUACGCGUCUUUCCCCGCUGCAAGCGGUCCUCUCCAUCACUGUGGUCGACGGGGUGCCGCUUCCCCCUGGCGAGGAGUUUACGGGUGUUAUUCGGGUACAAGAUGUCCGUGCCACUGAAAAGGACAAGGUCAAGAUUGCUGACUGUUUCCGCGGCGGAGACGUCGUAAAGGGACUAGUGAUCUCUCUUGGUGAUGCUCGUAGCUACUACGUGACGACAGCCCGAAAUGACCUGGGAGUGAUAUUCGCUACAAGCGAAGCAGGAGCCACUAUGGAGCCUGUCUCAUGGCAGGAAAUGCGCUGCCCUAAGACUGGUCGGAUAGAAAAGCGGAAGUGUGCAAAACCUGAGGGUCUUUGA